AUGACGAAUUUUGUUACAGUCGCUGCAACUGGGUUCAAGAACGCCAGCGCAUACGAUGAGCAUCGGCCGACCUAUAACCCGGAGGUUGUUGAUGCCAUUGUUUCUAAUCUAGGCCUUUCCGGCAAGAAGAAUGCCCGGAUUGUAGAUAUUGCGGCCGGAACUGGGAAGUUUACAGAGGUUCUUGCGGAUCGAGAUGAGCACUUUGAGAUUGUUGCCGUUGAACCUGUGGAGUCAAUGCGCACUACACUCGUGAGCAAGAAUCUUGGUAUUCGUGUGCAAGACGGCCUGGCGAGCUGUCUUGACCUGCCUGAUGCCUGGGCGGAUGCAAUUACAGUAGCUCAGGCUUUCCACUGGUUCGAUAAUGAAGAAGCGCUGGCUGAGAUCCGCCGCGUUUUAAAGCCCGGAGGCAAGCUCGCACUGGUUUGGAACAUUGAAAACUAUAACCAACCAGCAUCCUGGACGACGUCGACCGAAUGGGAAAACGCGAUUAAGAAGCAGAUCAUGCAGCUACCAAGUAUGGGCCCGAGCCGAUUCCGUGAUGAGAAAUGGCCCCUGGUAUUCCAGCAACAAGCAAAGAAUGCAUCUCCCAUGUUCUCGACUCCCAUCGAGACGGCCUCGGUGCCGUUUACUCUGUGGCUAAAGCCCGGCGCGCUAUGUGAUCGCAUCAACACACUGAGUCAAGUUUCAAUACUGGAGGGAGCCGAUCGGGAGGCGUUCUUGGCCAACUUUAACAAGGCUGUUCAGGACGGCGAUGGCGAGUGGAAUGACGAGGGAGCAAUUGCGUUUCACGGACAUACUUUCUAUGCAUGGACGUCGCGCUUGUAA